AUGUUACUCUGUUCAGGAUCUGUUCAUGCUUCGGAGUCGAGAGUCUCGUUUGGGUUCCUCUCUGCCUGUUGGUCCUGGCUGGUUCUUCUUUUUUUUAUCGGUGUUUCUCUUCAUCCCUUUUUUAACGUUUUAUCUUCCAUAUUCUUUUUCCUUCGUUUUUCUCUUCCUGUUUAUUUUUCUUUCCUUUUUCUCUUCCAUUUUCUUUUUCCUACAUUUUUCUAUCCCUGUUUCUUUUUCCUUCCUUUUUCUCUUCCAUUUUCUUUUUCCUACGUUUUUCUAUCCCUGUUUCUUUUUCCUUCCUUUUUCUCUUCCAUUUUCUUUUUCCUACGUUUUUCUAUCCCUGUUUCUUUUUCCUUCCUUUUUCUCUUCCAUUUUCUUUUUCCUACGUUUUUCUAUCCCUGUUUCUUUUUCCUUCCUUUUUCUCUUCAUGUUUCCUUUUUCCUCCGUUUUUCUCGUCUUGUUUCUUUUUCCUUCCUUUUUCUAUUCAUGUUUCCUUUUUCCUCCGUUUUUCUCGUCUUGUUUCUUUUUCCUUCCUUUUUCUAUUCAUGUUUCCUUUUUCCUCCGUUUUUCUCUUCCAUAUUCUUUUUCCGUCGUUUUUCUAUUCCUGUUUCUUUUUCCUUCGUUUUUCUCUUGUUUCUUUUUCCUUCGUUUUUCUAUUCCUGUUUAUUUUUCUUUCCUUUUUCUCUUCCAUUUUCUUUUUCCUACGUUUUUCUAUCCCUGUUUCUUUUUCCUUCCUUUUUCUCUUCCAUUUUCUUUUUUCUUCCUUUUUCUAUUCCUGUUUCUUUUUCCUCCGUUUUUCUCUUCAUGUUUCCUUUUUCCUCCGUUUUUCUCUUCCAUAUUCUUUUUCCGUCGUUUUUCUAUUCCAGAUUCUUUUUCCUUCCUUUUUCUCUUCCAUUUUCUUUUUCCUACGUUUUUCUAUCCCUGUUUCUUUUUCCUUCCUUUUUGCUUCUUUUUUCCCUUUUUCUCGUUAUGAUACUCUUCUUUCCGUUUUUCAUUUCCCGCUUCUUUUUCAUACGCUUUAGUCUCCAUGCUUCUUUUUUCCGUUUUUCUCUUCCGACAUCAUUUUUAUUCAUUUUUCAUACGGUUUAA